CUAAGCUGCCUUGACUUCCAAACCAUCCCCUUAUAAAACCCUUUGGAAGGUUUCCAUUUCACCGAAAACUCACGCGAAGGAAAACCCUUUUAACAAUGGGAUUCAGAUUCCAUAAUCUCAGUCCCCUGUACAGAGCCUGCAUAAAAAAAGUUUCACACACCCAGAAGAAUUUUUACCCCAAUCCCAUAAUUCAAUCCCUCAAUUCCCAUCUCCAACACCCUUCCCUAACUCUCUACGACAAUCCCAAUUACAAAAUCCCCAGAAGGUGGCAUUUGGGCCAUUCCAACCAUGACCAUGGCCAUCACCACAAUCAUGUUUCUGGGAAGGAGGGCGAGAAGAUUUUCCGGCUGGGUCUCGCUGCUGAUAUUGGUUUGGCUACUGGAAAGGCCUUGACUGGCUAUCUUUCUGGUAGCACCGCGAUUAUUGCCGAUGCGGCGCAUUCGGUUUCCGAUGUGGUUCUUAGUGGUGUUGCUCUAUGGUCAUUUAAAGUUGCAAAGGCUCCUAAAGACAAAGAACACCCAUAUGGACAUGGUAAAUUUGAGACUCUAGGAGCCCUUGGAAUCUCUUGUAUGCUUUUGGCAACAGCUGGUGGUAUUGCAUGGCAUGCUUUACAGCUUUUGCUAGAAGUGUUGUCAUCACAUCCUGAAAUAGUUGGUCAGUCAUUGACACAUGAGCAUGCGCAUAGCCAUCAUCAUAGUGGACACCACCAUGGAAUUGACAUUGAUCAUCCCAUCCUGGCUUUGAAUAUGACUAUUGUAUCCAUAUGUGUUAAAGAAGGGCUCUAUUGGAUAACAAAACAAGCCGGAGAAAGACAAGGCAGCGGGUUGAUGAAAGCAAAUGCGUGGCAUCAUCGUGCAGAUGCUAUUUCAUCCGUGGUCACCCUCAUUGGUGUUGGAGGCUCUAUUCUUGGAGUUAAAUUUCUAGACCCCCUUGCUGGACUUAUUGUCUCGGGCAUGAUUCUAAAAGCUGGACUUGAAAGUGGGUAUAUGAGUGUUUUGGAACUGGUGGAUGCUGCGAUCCCAGCACAACAAUUAGAUCCCAUUAGAGAAACGAUACUACAAACUGAUAGUGUCAAGGGAUGCCAUCGAUUGAGAGGAAGGAGGGCUGGUUCAUCUCUGUAUCUUGAUGUACAUAUUGAGGUUGAUCCUCUUUGUAGUGUUAGUGCUGCACAUUACAUUGGUGAAAAUGUUCGUCAUCAAAUUCACAAGGUCCAUCCUGAAGUAGCUGAAGUUUUCAUACACAUAGAUCCUGCAAUUUCACAAAUCUCCCCCAGUAUACCUGACCAGCAAGAAAGUUUGAAGGAAACCACAUACCAAAAUAGAAAUAUUCCUGCUGUGGGUAAAGAUGUUGAAGCAGUUGUUUCCAAUAUCCUCUCCUCAAAAUUUCCUGAGAUAAUGGUUGUGGAGCGCAUAACACGCCACUUGUUGCAAGGCAAAGUUUUACUCCAAAUUGAGGUCUCCAUGCCCCCUGAGAUGUUGAUACGAGAUGCAAUGGAGGUUGCAGAAGAAGCAGAAAAGGAGAUUUUGAAGGCAUCCGCCUCAAGUAUCGUUCAUGUCAGCGUUCAGCUACGUUUGGGGCAUCCAAUGCCACAGUUGAACCAUGAAUAGGAAAAAGAAAGAAUAUAUAAGCUGUAUAUUUAUGGUGUUUCUAGCUAUAAAGUAAUAAUUUACAACGUUGAAAAAUUCUUAACACAAUAGAAUGACUAAUUUUAAAUGUUCA